CUCGCCUCCGCCGCCGUCGGACUCGCGAACGCCGACGUUCUGGUUCCAGUGCAAGAUGACGCGGUUUACUCGCUCCCCGAUGAACGGGGCGAGCCCUGCUCCGGCACUGGCGUGGCGCCAUUGGGCUUGGCAUGCCCCCAAAAGGGAGACGUUGCCAUUUCCGACUGCCAUUCCGCGCUGCAGACUUUCGACGGCACAAACUGCGUGGCCAAGGUGGACGCUCAGUGUGCACUUACUUCGCACUCGACCUGGAGGUGCGUGUUUCCC